AUGGUUGAACUCCGCAAGCGCAAGACUCCUCCUCCAGCCCCGACCCCGGCACCAAAGAAGGAGCGCAAGGCAAAGGCGACCAAAGCAAAUGGAAAGACCGAGACUGCUGCUGAACCUGCUGCUGAACCUGCCGAACCUGCUGCGCCCGAGCCGAGUGCUGUUCCAGCUGCCGCGCCUGAGCCAGAAUCCAAGGCCGCCUCUGGACCUCCCAAACCUGGAGACAAGAUUGAUUUGGAUGGCUUUGGUGGUGAAGUUGAGAUCAACGACGGUCGCAAGGUUACGCUCAAGGCGCUGGUCGACGAGAGCAAGGAAGGCCUUGUGCUCUUCACAUACCCUAAAGCAUCAACCCCGGGCUGUGAGUUCGUUCCUACUGUGAAACAAGUCAUAGUUUCUUCUGUGGCUCGCUCCUUUUGGCUUACAGUGCUGAUUGCUGACAUGAUGUUCAAAGGCACGACUCAGGUUUGCCUUUUCAGAGACUCGUAUGAACCUUUGACGGCAGCUGGACUGAGCAUCUACGGUCUGAGCACCGAUUCGCCCAAGGCAAACACGACAUUCAAGGACAAGCAAAAGCUCCCAUACCCUUUGUUAUGUGAUCCCUCAGCUUCGCUCAUCGGAGCAAUUGGUCUGAAGAAGGCACCCAAGGGAACCACUCGUGGAGUUUUCGUUGUCAAGAAAGACGGCGAGGUUCUCGCAGCUGAGCCUGGAGGUCCAGCAGCAACCCUCGAGGUAGUCAAAGGUGUUGUUGCGAAGAUGGGCGGGUCCGGUGUCGGCGAGAAGGCUGAAGCCAGAGCCGCUGAAGCCGAGAAAGAAGAAACCAAGGGUGCAGGCGAGACGGCAGCAAAGUUGUAG